GUGGAGAUGCUGACUGACAAGAUGGAGACAGCGGCUAAAGCGUUCGAGCAGCACGUGGCGCUGGACGAGGGCGUGCUGGCCACGUCGGCGCCACUGGAGAUCGGACAGCUGGACCGUGUCAUCCUGCAGGUGCGUCCUCUGCUUCCUAUAUAGGCUAAUUUAUGGAGGGGGUGAGGCUCUAAUGCCAAUGCUACAGGUGAGUGAAGGCCUAGCAGGAUACCCGGACCUGAGUCAGAAGACGUACGAGCUACGCACGCAGUUGGUGGAGGAAAAAGUUAUUGGCGCUGCAGGAGCUAUUCAGGGGGUACUGGACCUGCUGAAGGCCAACGAGAAUGCGCUCGAGUAUUUCAAGGGAAGCAUUGUAGGAGGUUCGUAUGCAGUUGCACAAUGCUACAGUGGAGAGACGACUAAUACUCCUGCUGUUAGUACUGACGGGACAGCCGCUGCCUCUGCGUCCUCCGUUCUUUGGCGGUACGAUCCCUGAACCUGCUGCAGAGGCGGUUGUGGCGGAAGUGGAAGCUCUUGCGGCGGAGGAAGCGCCUAAAGAUGUAGCAAAACCGUCAACGGAGUCCACUGCAGCCUCUGAAGAGAGACUAGCGCCGAUCUUUGCCAAGCAGCAGGGUACUGCACGCAAACGCUCGCUGGAGAAGACAACGACGACAGAAUCGGGAGCAGAAGGCAAACGACCAAAGGCGCUGAAGAGCGAGAAGGAAGACAAGGACGCUACAGCGCCUCCCCUCAGAACAGCAUUGGCAAAAGAAACCAAAUACGAGUCUGAGGAGGCCAAGAACCGAGCCAUCAACCCCACGUACACUAUCCCCACACAAUGGGAGCACUUGUACUUCAAGCAGGUGGAAGUAAUCAACAUCAACAACCGCCUAGCCAAGGAGAAGAUCCAAGCCAAGCGCUUCGCAGGCGAACCAUUCUUACUGGAAGGCCACACUGGCUGGUUAAAGUUCGCUGACGGAUGGGUUAAGCCGGACGGGACGUUGGACGCAGCGGCGUUCCUCAGCGGUAUCCACGACGUGAAGGUUCCUGUGCUAGAGCACAACUACGAGGAGCGGAAUCCCAUCAAGACGCACUUGCCACUGAGUUACUACGUCAAGAACUACUGGGAGCACGGCAAGUCGGAUUACUAUUUGCACCAGUGGCAAUUCCCAUUGGACCCGAAGGCUGGUCCACUGCUGUGCUACAAGAGCGAGGAAUUGCCUGUGCUGGGAGAUAAUUUGCUGCUGUAUUGGCUGGACGCUGUGCGUGGCGACAACCCUUUGCAAUACCUUUUCAUGGGCCAGAAGAGCACAAGAAGUCGCAUGCACUUGGACCCUGGCGGUCUGGGCAUCACUAUCGCCCCAAUUAUCGGCACUAAGCGUGUUACUAUGCUGCACCGCGGAGCAGCCAAGCUGGACUCAGUGCACGAGUCUGUCAACUUUCACGACGUGGAUCUGGAUGAGAUCCCUCAACUUGCGUUCCUCCCAGCAUGGCGUGUGGACGUCAAGCCUGGCCAGAUCCUGUACAUGCCUGAAGGAACUUUGCACGCGUGUGAAAACGUGACAGCGUGCUUGUCGUACCACCGCUUCCACGUGGACACUGUGAACCUUCCAGGCUUCUUACGGUCGUUUCUGGCACAGGAUUCUCCAACAAUUAACCACGCUGAGAUCCUCUGGAACGCUGCACACGAUGUCAUGUCUGCGAUGGAGGAUAUCUACCACGCCAACAACCAGGUCCUAGGCAAUGAAGUCGGCACGCUACGCAAGCUAGAUACGUUGCGAGGACUGCGUCACGCUUGCCGUAUGCUGUCGCUGGAGCAGGUUUUGCCCACGGAAGACUCGUGGGACUGGAAGAAACUGCUGGACGACAUUGAUCACUUGUUGGUGCGCAUUGAUUCGAGCGCCAAGCUGAACAAGAAGAAGAACUCGACGCAUGAAACGACUUUCACUAAGGCGAUGGCUGCGUUGAACGGCGAGGAAGCGGCCGAGGCCAAGCAGAUUAUUGAAGCUGCAGCAAACAAGAAGAAGCUGGUGGCAGCCAAGACCAAGGCGCAGACUACAGCUGCAAAUACUCACUGGGACUCACUGAAGCUCAAGGUGGGCGACAUUAUUGGCGUGCAGGUCUUCGAGAAGCGCAACCGUGCUGAAGUAUUGAAGGUGGUGCAUGACAAGGUGCUCGUGCAGAUCCACUACUCGGACUGGGAGUCGAUUUAUGACGAGUACUUGCCAGUAUCGUCUCUCUAUCAACGCAAGAAGGGCAAGAAGGUGGCACUGAAGAAGACCCCAGAGGUGCACGAGACGGUGAUGGCGCGCUGGGGCAGCAAGGGCGAUCUGUACAACGCCAUAGUGCUCAAGGUUAUUCGCACCAAUGCCUGCUACGUGCACUACCUCAAGUACGAGAAGGACUGGGACCAGUGGAUUUUGCCUGGUCACAUCUUCCGCAAGUACAACAACGCCUAGAAGGCUCAUUCAGCGAGACUACCAGGCAAGCAAAGGGUCGAAUGUGUCUUGUGUUCAUUUGAAUUUUGUGUAAGCGGUCUUUUUUUUUUCGAUUUUACAUCGUCACUAAGCAAAAACUUACAUAUUCCGGUAUACCAAGUCAAUUUCUCUGAAUACGGUGAAUGAGGCGAGUACUAUGUAUGAGGCCACAGAAGACGACAUAGCUGCCCACGAAGGCGUAGAACCCAAAUACCGAGAUUACAGCCACGAUUAGCACAAUGGCUACAUAGCCCAACGUGCGUUGCAACCAACGACCCCAAGCAGACGAAGCUCCAAUGAACGGUAAGUCGUAGCAUGCGUAAUGACUAGCAUCCCACCUGCUCUCACACACCCAGCAGUAUUCGUAGCGACAAUGGCUACACGUCAUGUGAUUGCAGCCUUCGUUCUUCCAAAUGCGCAUCUGACAAUGUGGACAUGCUCGCACAGCCUUCUGCUUGCCCACUGACGCUUCCCACGCCAGAUACGACUUGUCCAUUUCGCCUCGACAGAACCAAAACCGAUGAGCGUAUCCACGACAGCGGAAGCAGCCUACUGUGUCGCAUUUCGGGCAGGUAAAGUUGUCUGUGCUCUCACAGAUAAUCAACUCGUCGCAGCCUGCUCUGGGACACCAUCUCGCACUCGGAUUCUUUUCAUCCUGGCAAAAAAUAAUC